UUAAGCUUCGGGUGCCGUCCCCCAACGGCCGGAAAUGGCCCCUCCGCCGCCUGCCGUCGCUACCGCCGCCCGCCGCCUCAGCCGCGCCCUCCUCUCGGCCGCGAAGCCCUCUCGGUCCUGGACCCCUGCCCUCGAGCAAACCCUCCACCGCUUCCUCCUCUCGCCUCCCCAUCGACCAGCCGCCUUCCCCCUCACCCCGUCCCUCGUCGCCGCAGCCAUCGACCCCCACCUCCUCCGCCACCACCCACUCGCCGCCGGCCUCUUCCACUGGGCCUCACAGCAGCCGGGCUUCUCCCACUCCCCGGAGUCCUUCCACUCCCUCCUCAAAUCCCUUGCCCUCUCCCACCAGCCCCACUCCCUCCAAUCCCUCCUCAAACUCGCUAGAGCCCGAAAAGUUCCUCUUUUUCCCUCUUCCUACCAUCUCGCCAUAUCCUCGCUCUUGUUCUGCGGCAAGACCCUUGAAGCCGCCGAGCUCAUCGAGCAGGCUACCGCCGACGCCGGUGAGGACCUGCCCUCAGCGAUAUACAAUUCCCUACUCGCUGCGGUUGCCUCCGAUGGGUUUCUACAUCUCGCAAGAAAGGUGUCUGAUAGAAUGCUCAGGAGAGGCAUUAGGUUUAAUGAUGUUGGUUUUGGUGUUUACGUUGGCAAAGUUUGUAGAGUGGAAGAAUUUGAUAGAACUUUAAGUUUAGUCGAGCAAAUAAAGCAGCGAUUCUGUGAGAUUAAUGGGUCGGUCAUUGCUGCUUUGAUUGUAGAUGGGCUUUGCCGGGUGGGGAGGAUUGAGGACGCUUGGCAUGCUUUGGAGGAGCUUAGAAGCCGAGGCUGCAAACCUGAUUUUAUUGCGUAUAGGAUAGUUUCAGAAGGAUUUAGAGUGGUUGGUAGGGUGGAGGAAGCCAUGAAGAUUUUGAAACAGAAGAGAAAGCUUGGGGUGGCACCGAGAGCAAAUGAUUAUAGGGAAUUCAUUCUUUCUUUGAUAUCAGAGAGAAGAAUCCAGGAGGCGAAGGACUUGGGUGAAGCAAUAGUGGGAGGGGAUUUUCCAAUUGAGGAUGAUGUGCUUAAUGCAUUGGUUGAAUCGGUUUCGGCCAUUGAUCCUGACUCGGCAGUCUCGUUCUGCAUGUACAUGAUUGGGAAGGAAAGGUUCCCAAGCCUCACAAUGCUGUGCAAUUUGAGUAGGAAUCUUUGCAAGAAUGGGAAGAGUGAUGAAAUGUGGGAUGUGUUUAAGGUCCUUUCAGAAAAGGGUUAUUUUUCAGGGGUGGGGCAGUACAAUGUGAUGGUGUCAUUUCUGUGCAAGGCAGGAAGACUGAGGGAAGCCUAUGACAUGUUUAAGGAGAUGAAGAAGAAGGGAUUUGGUCCUGAUAUUUCCUCUUAUAAUAUGGUGAUGGAAGCUUGUUGCAGAGAGGACCUUCUACGCCCUGCUAAGAAGCUAUGGGAUGAGAUGUUUGCGAAUGGGUGUAGUGCAAAUCUGCAGACUUAUAAUAUCCUUAUCCGAAAAUUACCAGAAGCUGGGCAAAUUGAUGAAGCUCAGCACCUUUUUCAUCACAUGUUGGAGAAAGGGGUCCCCCCUGAUAAUGUUACCUACACAUCACUCAUCAAAGCUUUGUGUCUGGAAAAGAAGUUAGAGGAGGCAAUUGAGAUCUGUAACAGGUCCAUGAAACAAGAUGUUGUACUUGCUGGUUCCACAUUGAAUAUGCUAAUUCUUACUCUCUGUCAGGAAGGUAAUUUUGGUGCAGCUUCUUCUGUGAUACAUGGGCUGCCUUCUAAUAUUGAAAACUCUGACUCACAUGUCAUUUUGCUAAAGAGCUUGACAGAUGCCGGAGAAGUUGAGAUGGCUAUUAAGCACAUAGAAUGGGUCGGGAAUAACUCUCCUUUCAAGUUACAAGCAAUAUUAGAUGAGCUUUUGUCAUCUCUUUCUACAGCCCCAAACCUAGAGCCUAUUUUGCAACUUCUUCGAACAAUGCACGACCAUGGCCUUGUUUCUGACAAUAGUCCAUGGGCAAAUUUGUUGGACGGCUAUUUCAUCUGAACCGAAGUAUCCUUUCGGAUUCUUGGACUCUUUAAAUUGCAGGUCGAAUGUUUGUUCUAUGUAAGAACAGGACCGAAUGGGGACUUGACCAGUUGGAACCACGUUGUACCUUUUAAUAACUUGCUCUUAGGGCCUAUAGAAGAGCUUGAUUUCUUUUAUUGAAAAGGGAAGUUCUAUAGAAAUUAAUGGCUGAUGUUAUUCUGCUUGAGGCAUGGAUAUGGUGGGUGACCAGUUGGCGUCCCACAAGGUUUACACUUUGGGCUGCAGUGCAUCAUGGAUAGAAGUCAAAGUUUUGGUAGAUCCCAUAAGUAUUCGGCAGGCCGCUGCAUGUUGAUGGACAGAUAUUCUGGGAAACUGAUGGAAACUAUUUUCCAGGGCAACCUCAUAUCACAUCAGUUGAUGUGGAGAGUGAGACAUGCAGGAUGCUGACGCUUCCGAAUUGAAUUGAGUUUGGUCCAACAAUUGAUGACAGCAAUUACUUCCAUUCAAGUUUGCUGGAGGUGGAAGGGCGUUUAUCUGUCGUUGGUCAUGAUCCAUCCCAUUCCAUCGUAUACUUGUUUGUGCUCAAGGAUUGCAACCAGUAUCAUUGGGAAUGGUGAUACACUUUCAUCAUACUCCUACCGCGGCUGGCAAGGAGCAGGAGAAUUCCGAAUUUCCGUAGGGUGAAAAGUGCAUGGUACUGUGAUUGGGAUUCUAUUUCUUUGGGUCCAUUGAUUGUGUGGUGCUGUAUGAUACUCGAUGACCUGCCUUCAGGAACGCGUCAAAAGGAGUACACUGUGAUGUUACUUGCGAGCCAUUCAGGCCGAAAUGGGAGCUAUGUGGGGGCUACAGCCUGAGCUUGGUCUCUCUGAAGAGAUUUGGUUCUUGCUGGGGGGAGCCCAGCUUCUGCAGCAGCGAAGCUCUUUCGGCGGCCAGGCAUUGCUUGCUCUCUGAUGGGCAAGACAUGGUAGAGGCGUUGGAUGCUAUGAUAAGACAAGCAAGCAGUGACUUCCAAGGUUGUUCCCUCAAGGUGGCUCCGUCUAUUGUUGAAGGACCAUCUGAAAAGAAGCUACUUAUAAGGAAGUAUUUCUCUUGAAACUUUAUUUGUAUCAUGGAACUUCUUCCUGACAUCAGGAGAUCCUGCAUUGCAUGGAAAGUCGACACAACCGUUCCUAGCAAUCCUCUCUAAUUUUUAUUAAUUAUAGUUUUCUUAGCAGAUAU